AUUCGAUUUCGGUCGAAGUGCUUCUUGACCCGAAAAUCACCGCUCCAUACGGAACUUCUUCUUAUUUCUGAGACUCCACUUCUAUAUAUAUCUUAGCUCUGUAAGUACUCUAACCCAUAUUAGAGAGAGAGAGAGAGAGAGAGAGAGAGAGAGAGAUGGCUGUAGAGUUGCAGAAGAAGAAUAAAAUGUUCAUGGAACAUGCUUCUCAUGAUGCAAUGGAGAUGGGAUUCACAGGAAAGAAUACCUUGGAUGAUGAUGGACGCGAAAAACGAACUGGGACGAUGAUCACUGCAAGUGCUCAUAUAAUUACAGCUGUGAUUGGAUCUGGAGUGUUGUCACUAGCCUGGGCCAUAGCUCAGUUGGGUUGGGUAGCAGGGCCUGCUAUUCUCAUGGCCUUCUCUUUUAUCACUUAUUUCACUUCUACUCUGCUUGCCGAUUGCUAUAGGUGCCCUGACCCUGUUACCGGCAAGCGAAACUAUACCUACACGGAGGUCGUAAGGUCGAAUUUAGGGGGAAUGAAAUUUAAGCUCUGUGGAUUAGCUCAGUAUGUGAACCUCAUAGGGGUGACAAUUGGAUAUACCAUCACAGCAUCCAUCAGUAUGGUGGCAGUGAAAAGGUCAAAUUGUUUCCACAAGAAUGGUCAUGGGGUGCAUUGUACCACAUCAAACUAUCCAUUCAUGAUCAUAUUUGCAUGUAUCCAGAUCUUUUUGUCUCAGAUACCUAAUUUUCACAAGCUUUCAUUGCUAUCUAUCCUUGCUGCUGUCAUGUCCUUUGCCUAUUCUACCGUUGGAGUGGGUCUCUCCAUCGCCAAAGUUGCAGAGAAAGGGCAUCAUGCGAGGACGACACUAACUGGCGUUACAGUUGGGGUUGAUGUCUCCGAUACAGAGAAGAUAUGGAGGACCUUCCAGGCCCUUGGGAAUAUUGCCUUUGCUUACGCUUACUCCACCGUCCUCAUCGAGAUACAGGACACACUAAAAUCAAGUCCCCCAGAGAACAAAGUGAUGAAGAAGGCUUCUCUUAUUGGAGUCUCUACUACCACCUUGUUCUAUAUGCUAUGUGGCUGCCUUGGUUAUGCUGCAUUUGGAAAUAAUGCACCUGGAAACUUUCUCACUGGCUUUGGUUUCUAUGAGCCCUUCUGGCUCAUCGACUUUGCAAAUGUUUGCAUUGCCAUCCAUCUCAUCGGAGCAUAUCAGGUGUUCUGCCAACCCAUAUUUGGUUUCGUUGAAAAUUUGAGUGCCCGGCGAUGGCCAGAAAAUGGAUUCAUAAUGAACGAAUAUGCUGUUAACAUCCCCUUCUGUGGAACAUAUUACUUCAAUUUCUUUAGAUUGGUAUGGAGGACAGCAUAUGUGACGGUGACCGCUGUUCUUGCCAUGAUCUUCCCCUUCUUCAAUGACUUCUUGGGUCUCAUAGGGGCUGCAUCCUUCUGGCCUCUCACAGUUUACUUCCCCAUAGAGAUGCACAUUGAACAGGCUAAUGUACCAAAGUUUUCUUCAAGGUGGACAUGGCUUAAAAUAUUGAACUGGGCCUGCUUGAUUAUAUCAAUUGUUGCAGCUGCCGGAUCUGUUCAGGGUCUUGUUACUGAUCUCAAGACAUAUAAGCCAUUCAAGGUUCAAAAUUAACUAGUCUCUUUAUGUACCUGCCUGUACUUAGACCAAUGUCAAAAAUGGCAUGUGAUCUUUUCUUCUUUAAAUAAAACUGUCAAAAGAAA